AUGCCACCUAGGAAGAAACAGCCACUGAAGUUAUACAUUUCAGCCGCGGAUGAGUCAAUCAGAAGUUUGUUAGCCCAAGAUAAUGAAGUAAGGAAAGAACAUGCAGUGUAUUACCUUAGUCGUAUUUUGACACCGGUUGAGCGUCGAUAUACGCCAAUCGAAAAAAUGUGUCAUGCUUUGUAUUUUGCUGCUCACAAAUUGAGAAUAUAUAUGCUACCUAUUUUAGUUUAUGUGAUUUGUGCCACUGACUUAAUUAAGUAUAUGCUUUCUCGUCCAAUAAUUUCUAGACGAAUAGGCAAGUGGUCCUUGGCCCUUAUGGAAUUCAGUUUCCAAUAUGUGCCUCAAAGGGCCGUAAAGGGCCAAGCACUUGCUGAUUUCCUAGUUGACCAUCCAUGCUUGGAUGUUAAUCCAGGAGUCUAUGAUGCAAUGGAGUUAUGUGCUAUUCAACUAACUUCUUGGACUCUAAUCUUUGACGGAUCCAGCGCAAAUGAUGUCGGGGGAGCUGGAGUCGUAAUAAUUGCACCAAAUGGCAGGAAAACAAUAUAUUCUUUCUUUCUAGAUUUCAAAUGUUCUAACAAUCAAACAGAAUAUGAAGCUCUAAUUAUUAGUCUUGAAAUACUCUUAGAGAUGGGGGCACAGACCGUUGAAAUCAUAGGUGAUUCAAGUCUAGUGAUCGGUCAGUUGUCCAGCAAUUUUAGGUGCCAAAGUUGGCACCUCAAACCAUUUCACUCCAUAGCCAUGCAAUUACUACAAGAAUUUGCAGAGGUAAAGGUCAAGCAUAUUUAUAGAUUGCAUAAUAAAGAGGCCAAUGAUUUGGCUCAAAUAGCAUCUGGCGUUAGGGUGCCAGAAGGAAUAAUGGAGAAUUUGAUCAGAAUAAAGAGAAGAUCUUUACCCUCAGUCAAGGUGAGGGAAGAAUUGUUGGCAGAGGUCUUUGCAAUCGAGGUGGAAGAGGAUAUGGAAAAGAAUGAUUGGAGAACACCAAUCGUCAAUUUUCUCAAAAAUCCGACCCUAAGGCUGACAAGAAGCUAA